AUGGCUCCAUCCGAGGAGGGUAACAACGCCGGAGUAACAGCCUCCGAUUCUCAACCCCAAGGCGACGGCCAGCGCAACAGAGGACGAGGCCGAGGCAAAGGAAAUCAAAACCGACGAGGUGGCCAACGGCGCGGUCGAGGCGGCAACAACGCCAACGUCCCCAACGUACCUGCCAACCCCGCUGCUCAAGAUGUAGCUGCUGCGGCGUCUCGCGCCCAUGCCAUGGCAGCUGGCAAAGCAGCUGAAGCUGCUGAAGACGAGGACGGCGAAGUGUGUUUCAUCUGCGCCAACCCUGUCGCUCAUCACUCGAUUGCACCCUGCAACCACACGACAUGUCAUAUCUGUGGACUACGCAUGAGAGCCCUUUAUAAGACAAAGGACUGUGCUCAUUGUCGUACCCCAGCUCCAUAUGUGAUUUUUACCGAUGAUCCCGAGAAGCGUUUCGAGGAAUAUUCCGAAAAAGACAUCUCCACUACCGACAGCAACAUCGGCAUCAAGUACACCAAAGAGGAUAUUGUUGGCGACACUGUACUCCUUCUACGAUACAACUGCCCCGAGCCGGAUUGCGAUUUCGCCGGUCUUGGCUGGCCCGAUCUGCACCGUCAUGUCAAAUCUGCCCAUCGCAAGCGCAUGUGCGAUCUAUGCACUCGUAACAAGAAGGUUUUCACGCACGAACAUGAGUUAUUUGCAGACAAGGAGCUAGAGAGACAUAUGCGUCAUGGAGACGACAAGCCUGGAGCGGCGGACCAGACGGGCUUCAAGGGACAUCCACUUUGUGGAUUCUGCGGGGAGCGCUUCUACGAUGACGACAAGCUGUAUGAGCACUGCAGAAUGAAGCAUGAGCGCUGUUUCAUUUGUGACAGACGAGAUUCGAGACAUCCUCACUACUAUGUCGACUACAACGCCCUGGAAGAGCAUUUCAAGAAGGACCACUACUUUUGCGGCGAUCGAGAAUGUAUGGAAAAGAAGUUUGUAGUCUUCGAGUCGGAAUUGGACUUGCAGGCUCAUCAGCUUAGCGAACACGGCGGUAAGGCGACAGGAAGAGAUGCGCGAGUUGUCAAUAUUUCAGGAUUCGAUAUCCGAACACCAUACCAGCAGGAGAGCCGAUCUGGCGGCGGCGGCAGCGGAAGAGAAGGCGGAGGACGUGGAGGCAGAGAUGGGCGAAGAGGAGGAAACAGAGGCCGGGACCCUAAUGCGGAACCGGUUCCUGUAAGCUCAGCCCAGCCUUUACGACGUGAUGAGAUUGCUUUCCAGCGACAGAUGGCCAUCCAUUCUGCACAAUCCGUCUCGAAUCGUACCUUCGGCGGAGGUCUUUCUGUCCCUUCUCCUACACCAGCUCAAGCCUCAUCGCAGGCUCGUGGCGGCAGCUCAUCGAACACUCCCCGUGCCAGUCAGACUAACCUUGCUAAUCCCAUCGAGUCUGCUACUGUUGAUCCAGCGAACCUCAGCCCCGAGGAGCGUGCUCGUCUUGUGCGCCAUGGUGCUGUUGUCGAGCGCGCCUCGAAUCUCCUUGGCAAUGAUUCCCAACGCAUGGCCACUUUCCGAAGCCACAUUUCUUCGUACCGACAAGGCGGCCUUACUGCACCACAGCUGAUCGACGCGUUCUUUACUCUCUUUGCCGACACCUCCUCAAACGCUCUUGGCACAAUGGUGCGAGAAGUUGCGGAUCUUUACGAGGACAAGAACAAAGCCGAUGCCCUUCGUAAAGCCUGGCAGGAUUGGCGGGCUAUCAACGAGGAUUACCCCAGCUUGCCUGGCCUGAGUGGCAUGCAUGGUGCAACCUCAGGUUCAAGUGGUUGGGCCUCCGCCGCAUCGGCCAACCCAGCUGUCCCAAAUGCAAAGGCUACCAAUAAGUACUCGAACCGCGUCCUCAAGCUGAAGAACAGCACGAGACUUGGUGGCCCUGCACCUGUCUCUUCGAGCGGUCCAUCAUCAUGGUCCGCUCGUCCCGCAGUUAACCCACCAUCAGCAUCCGCCUCCGCAUUCCCAUCCCUGCCAUCUACUGGCAAGUCGUCCUCUGCAUCCAGCUCUAACUGGACAGCUCCCGCUCCCUCUUCAUCACAAUCCACAGCUCUCAACCGUCCUCGUCCUGCUCCCCGUCCUACUGGCGAGGAUGCUUUCCCGGCUCUGCCCGCAGCGGCAAAACCCACGACCACGAUCUUCGGCUACGGCAACGGCCGCGCCGUACGACGUGACUAUGGAAGCCGUGAGACUGGCUUCCAGUGGGGUACCGGCAGUGGGCCGAGUACGCCGGCUGAUGAAGAGCCCGCUGAUGGUGAAGCGGGUGGUAAGAAGAAAGGAAACAAAAAGGGCAAGAAGGUCCUUGUGCAGUGGGGUUAG